AUGUUUAGUCCCAAUCAACAAGAAAAGGAUCAAGCUGCAACAAUCCGAUGCAUUACAAAAAGAUUGUUGAUAUAUUGGGAAGAAAGGAAGCUCUUUAUGCAAGAUCCAGCCAUCAAUAUGGCAAAAUUCACCCAUGAGAGCACUGAAGAGCAGGAAGAGAGUUUGCAAGAGGAAGUACUAGAUUUUGCACCAGCAACACUAGAUGAUUCUUUACCAGAAGUAGAAGAUCCACUGCAGGAAAUAAACUUAGGGACAGAAGAGGAUCCUAGACCCACUUUCGUUAGUGCAUUGUUGGAAGAACCACUGAAGACUAAAAUCAUUGCACUUUUGCAUGAUUUUAAAGACUGUUUUGCUUGGCAUUAUCAUGAGAUGCCUGGAUUAGACAGAAAGCUGGUGGAACACAAGUUGCCAAUUAAAGAAGGUUACCUUCCAGUCAAACAGGCUAGAAGAAGGAUGUCUAUGGACACAGAACUGAAGGUCAAGGAAGAAAUAGAAAGAUUGCUCAAAGCAGGAUUCAUCAUACCAGCCAUUUAUGCUGAUUGGCUAGCCAAUAUUGUACUAGUUUUGAAAAGAAAAACAGGGGUAGUUAGAAUCUGCGUGGAUUACAGGAAUCUAAAUGAAGCAUCUCCCAAGGAUGAAUAUUCUAUGCCAAUGGCAGAUAUGCUAGUAGAUGGAGCUGCCUAUAACCAAAUGCUAUCUUUUAUGGAUGGCAAUACGGGAUAUAAUCAGAUCAUGGUGGUAGAAGAAGACAUCCACAAGACAACCUUCAUGUGCCCAGGGCAUAUAGGUGCUUUUGAAUAUACUGUAAUGCCUUUUGGCUUAAGAAAUGCAAGAGCCACCUAUCAAAGAGCAAUGAAUUGUAUUUUCCAUGAUAUGAUAGGGCAUUCUCUAGAAGUAUAUAUAGAUGAUGUGGUGAUUAAAUCCCCAGAGAAGAAAGAUCAUGUAUCAAAUAUGAGAAAGGCAUUCCUAAGAAUGAGACAACAUAAGUUGAAAAUGAAUACCAAAAAGUGUGUCUUUGGAGUUCUGGCAGGAAAUUUCUUGGGUUUCUUGGUCCACCAAAGGGGCAUAGAGGUCGACAAAAAUAAAGCAAAAUCUAUCAUAGAAGCUCUACCACCCUGGAACAAGAAAAAACUACAGAGUCUCCUAGGAAAAAUAAAUUUUCUAACGAGAUUCAUAUCCAAUUCUGCAGGAAAAAUUCAACCUUUCUCCUCCUUACUAAGGUUGAAGCAAGAACAAACGUUUAAAUGGGAAGAACAGCACCAACAAGCUUUUGAGGAGAUCAAAAACUACCUCUCAAAUCCACCAGUUCUGUCCCCACCAAAGAGAGGAAGACGACUCAAACUCUAUAUUUCUGCAUCAGAAAUGUCCAUUGGGAGUUUGUUGGUUCAAGAUAACAAGGAAGGGAAGGAACAUGCAGUCUACUACCUGAGUAGAACUCUGACAGAAGUAGAAAGGAAAUAUUCUGUGAUUGAAAGGCUUUCUUUAGCCUUAUACUUCACUGCUGUGAAACUCAGGCACUACAUGUUGCCAUUCACCAUCUACAUCAUUGCCAAGAUAGACCUGAUCAAAUACAUGCUAACAAGUCCAAUGCUGAGGGGCAGAAUUGGAAAGUGGACCCUUGCUUUAACAGAAUUUGCUUUCAGAUAUGUUCCCCAAAAAGCUGUCAAAUGA